AUGGGCUGGCUCGGCGCCAUUCUCUCACUCCCAGCGGCCGUUGUCCUCUGGAUCAUUGUCCGCUCUCCCUUGGCCAGGCGCACGACCGUCUCGGAUAAGCCGCAACGGGUCGUGAUCAUCGGUGCAAGCAGCGGAAUCGGAUGCCAGCUUGCCAAGGACUAUGCCCAGCGCGGCGCUCGACUCAUCUUGGUUGCCCGACGCAGCGAGAUGCUGAAGCAGGUGGUGGACGAGUGCCAGCAGCUCAACGCCGCUUGUGAGUGCUCAUACGUCGUCGCUGACAUUACCUCCGAGGCCGAUGUGUCCCGGUGCGCCCAACGCUCGACCGAAAUCCUGGGCGGCAUCGAUGUACUGGUGCUGUGUUCGGGUGUCCUAUCGAUCAGACCGUUCGACCAGCUCUGCGGGCCGAUGAGCUCCAAGGAGCUGGAGCGAGUCCAGAAUGGCGGCGCCUCGGAAUCGUAUCAGCUCAUCGACAUGAUCUUCAAGACCAAUGUCUAUGGCCCCAUCCUCUGUACCAAGUACUUUCUGCCGGAGCUUGUCAAGUCCAAGGGGCAGAUUGUCGUGGUGGGCUCGCUGGCCGGCACUGUGGCUGCUCCGACGCGAUCGCUCUAUGCCUCUACAAAGUUUGCACUCAUGGGAUUCUUCAACGCCCUGCGGAUCGAGUAUGGCCACCGAGGUGUUGCCGUAACGAUUGUCUUGCCUGGCAGCGUGCGGACGGAUCUGCGUCGCUCUGCCCUGGACUCGCCCACCGCCGAAAGGCAAAUGAACUUUGUUUCGCCCACGGCCAUCCCCGUCACACGCUGCAGCGAGGAAAUCCUGCUGGCUGCCGAUCGCCGCGAACGGGAGCGAUAUAUCCCUGCCAAGUACUGGUUUGCGGCCCUGGUACACUUUUUCUUUCCCGCGAUCGUCGACGGAUUUGCGGCCAAAAAGUACGGCUUUGUCAACUAG